AUGGCGGCUGGUCACAAUUUGCAAGAGCUCUCUACCAAGCUCAUCUCCCAAACAUCUUACCGAGACUCCUGCCGCUCACCACCUGAACCAAUGCGUGUCUCAACUGACACAGGCGACGACUGGAGCAUUCCAGUUCAGGAAGCCGUGAUGCUGAUCACGAAAAGCCUUACAGAGCGGUUGCGGCCUAGUACAGGCUCCGGACGGGAGAAACGGCCGAUCUCCCAUCCCGGAUCUCACAGAGCCUCCCCCGCCCGCCGUGCCUGCAGAGAGGGAUAA